GGAGUUGCCUCGCCAACUCGCCAAGUACACUCCUUUUUUGAACCUUUCGAAACCCUAAUAAAGCAAAAAAUCUUUAUCUGUAGACUGUGAUGUAAUUCUCUCUCUCUCUAAAUAUACUUCCAUAUCUUGUGUGUAUCUGCCCGCAUAUACGUAUAAACCUGCAAUGAAGUACAACUAUCGAGCACACGAUCGACCACUUUCGCGGCAUGUGCCAGCCCUCAGUUACUGCGCCGAGCAACCCAUUUCAGUUUCAGUUGGUUAUUUGGAUCCAGAUUUUGGACAUUCUCGUCGGUACUUUCAAAACCAAAUGGAUCUGCGGGGAACUAUCAGGAGACAGAUUGAGAAGGAGAGAAUUAGGGAGGAGAUUCUUGCACAAGAGAUUGCUCGAAGAAGGAUUCUCGAAGCAGAGGUAAGGAUGGAGCUUAUGAGGGAGCGGGAAGCUGCUAUGCUAAGAGGGCAACUGCCUAACGAGAGGUCACUUGAGGAAAGAAUUGUGAGACUGAUUGAGGAGAGGUUGGGAGUGGGGAUCUCUAGUACUGGAGUGGCUGCUCGAGGAGAAAACGGGAGGUCCCAAGUGGUGCCACUUCGCGAGUGGAGUAUCGAGCCAUGGACUUCAGAGGUGCCUUUUAGGCAACAGAGUGUGGAACCAAGAUUAUUUGAGUUGAAACCUCACUCUGAGUUUCAGAGUUUGGAGCCAAAUAUUUCAGAGGUGAAACCUGCACCUGAGCUUGGCAAAGAGAAAGAGAGGAUCGUUUUUAAGGCUAAGCCCGAUGGAGUCUCUGGAGUGAAGAGAAAAAUGGAAACGCCACCAGAAGUAGCGAUUAGCAGUGAGCAGCCAACAGGCGUCCCGAAGAAGAAAGUGAAAGAGGAGUGGAGUUGUGCGCUUUGUCAGGUUAGCGCCACAAGCAAGGACGGGCUAAACGAGCACCUCAGAGGAAAGAAACACAAGUCGAAGGAGGCUGGUUUAAAAGCACAGCGGAGUGGGAAGAACUUCAGUAUCGGCCUUUUUCCAAAGAAACCUAAACCCGCUGUGCUUGCUGAAAUGGCUGAUGAUGUAAAGUCCAAGGAAAGUUUAUCGGGUGUAGUAGCAAUGAAGGGAUGUCCAAAUGGCAACGAGGCACCAUCGCUGCAGAUUGAUCGUGCUGUUGAUGACUCUAAGGAGAAAAACGCUGCGAUGGUUCAAAACAAACGAAAGACUAAUGCUAAAAAGAGGAAGAAGUAUAAGUUCUGGUGCGAGCACUGCAAGAUAGGCGCGUUCUCUAAGAAAGUUAUGGAGGACCACAAUAUCGGGAAGAAGCAUUUGGCCCGGCUUCAGGGGAUGAAAGGUGAAGGCACAGCUGCAACGCCAACUCAAGUGGAGGACACCACAACUGAAAAGCUGAAUGACGAUGAUGCAAAAGGGACCAAAAAGAACCGCCAUAAGAUAGGCACCUCGUCUGAAGAUGUGAUGAAAGGCCACAGCCACAUGAUGUCAAAGGAACAUUCUUCCCCACCCCAGGAGAUGAAAUGCGACAGCACUGCAGCCGCUGUUACUUGGCUGGACAUCGCCACUGAAAUGGCGAUUAUAACACAAAGGGGACCAGAAGCACGUAGCGGCGGGUCAGCCAUUCAGGCUGUUGAUGCAGUCGACUAGAAGGCGAUGAGCAUUCGGGGACCAACCUGGGAGUUUUCAUGCUACAAACAUCCUUAAACCUCAUUGGUCCUAGGAUUCAUGAAAAUGUUGUGGGGCAAAUCAUUCAUUGUUUGGCAAAAAAAAAAAAACCCCUAUGACAGCUUCUGUGCAAGCUGUGUAGUACUGUAUUAUGGAAUAGAUUUCUACCUUUUCUUGUUCAGACUUCUGAAACCUUUGGAAGUUUGGAGUCCUUUGUUAGUUAACUUAAUUCUUCAUAUCUUGUAUGGAGGAUGAAGAAAUUUCCUUUCUAUUUACCUGUCAUAUUUGUUCUCAACGGCUAA